GCUCUGUGGGCGUCUAAACAUGGCGCUGUGCUGCAGAACAGGAGUCGUACUCUCCCGGCGUUUGAAAGGCGCUGCCAGCCAAUGGACGCUGCCGUUCUCCAGACGAAUUGCUUCCUGCAUAGAUCCUUCAGUUGGCCUCAGUGAAGAGCAAAAAGAGUUUCAGAAAGUAGCCUUUGAUUUUGCUGCUAAAGAAAUGGCACCUUGCAUGGCUUUAUGGGAUGAAAAGGAAGUGUUUCCAGUGGAGACAAUGAGAAAGGCAGCACAUCUGGGUUUUGGGGGAAUAUAUGCACAGACUGAUGUCGGAGGAUCAGGGCUUUCUCGUCUAGACACAUCUAUAAUAUUUGAGGCACUAUCAACAGGUUGUGUAAGCACUACUGCAUAUAUGAGCAUUCACAACAUGUGUGUUUGGAUGAUUGAUACAUAUGGGAAUGAAGAGCAGAGACACCAGUUUUGCCCUUCCCUCUGCAGCAUGGAUAAGUUUGCAUCGUAUUGCUUGACAGAGCCAGGUAGUGGAAGUGAUGCAGCAUCUUUGUUGACCUCUGCAAAAAGGGAUGGAGAUUACUACAUCCUUAAUGGCUCAAAGGCAUUUAUUAGCGGUGGGGGAGACACAGAUGUCUACGUGGUAAUGUGCCGCACUGGUGGGAGUGGAGCCCGAGGAAUCUCUUGUCUAGUGGUGGAGAAAGGGAUACCUGGCCUGAGUUUUGGCAAGAAAGAGAAGAAGGUAGGGUGGAAUUCUCAGCCAACUAGAGCAGUUAUCUUUGAAGACUGUGUAGUCCCUGUCAAAAACAGACUUGGCAAGGAGGGUCAGGGUUUCAGUAUUGCCAUGAAAGGCCUAAAUGGAGGCAGAAUAAACAUUGCUUCCUGCUCUCUGGGUGCUGCACAUGCCUCUGUAUUGCUUGCUAGGGAUCACCUUGGUGUGAGAAAGCAGUUUGGGGAACCUCUCUCCCAUAAUCAGUACUUGCAGUUCAAACUGGCAGAUAUGGCAACACGUCUGGUCACUGCACGGCUCAUUGUACGACAUGCAGCCCAAGCCCUGCAAAAUGAUACUGGGGAUGCAGCAACUCUCUGUGCUAUGGCAAAACUGUUUGCUACAGAUGAGUGUUUUAAGAUCUGUAAUCAAGCUUUGCAGAUGCAUGGAGGGUAUGGAUACUUGAAAGAUUAUGCCGUGCAACAGUUUGUCCGAGAUAUUCGUGUCCAUCAGAUUCUUGAGGGAACUAAUGAAGUGAUGAGGAUGAUUGUGGCCAGAAGCAUUUUACAAGAAUAGCUAUGAACUGGGACUCGGGACCUAAUUAUGCAGUGGAACAUUGACAGACCUCAAUAGGACCUUAUAUUAAUCUAACCUUGGUUUUUAUUGGCCCAUAACAUUGUUCUAGCUAUUUAGCAUUACAGUGUAUGGGGCAUUAUCAAUGAGUUUUGGAGGCACAAACUCACCCAAGGAAAUUAAUCAUCUACAGAAAUAAUAAGAAAAUUCAUUUUCCCAAGAUGCUGGCUAAGAAAUCAGACUGACAGACCUGAAAUGGAUGUUAUAGAUGGUGAACAACUGCUUUUCCUGGAAAGCACUGCUGCUAGUCUAUCUUCAAACUUUUGUUUCUUACAAAUAAAAGGCUAAUGUUGCAGGUGUAUUCUUAUUAAUAUUUAUAUUUUACUCCUGCUAUCUUUGCUAAUUUAACAUUAUUAUGUACCUUGACAAAUGAAUUAUUUUAGCAUUUAUCGCCUUGUUUUAACUGAAUUUGUUAAUAUUUAUCAUUGACCUCCUGCUUUGUUGAUACAGAUGGGGUAUGUGAUGGAUACAGAAAAUGGUUUUCUGUACAAAUGUUUUCUGUCGACCAGUAGUGUAACUACAGAGAAAGCAGGUCUACUUCCUCUAUAGCUUUAGAAAACCCCCUUCCCCACCACUCCUAUUUGAGAGCUAGCAGGUGAGGAGGGGGAUGUGAGGGAGGGGUAAGUGGGAAGUGAGGGGAGGGGCAGGAAGGGAUUGCAUUGUGUGCCAGGCUCCUCCAAAGUUUUUUUGGCAGCGGGCCUGGCGUGGUCUAGAAACGCCACUGCUGCAGACUGCAAUCUGUAGCAUUAAUGCAGAAGCUACCCAUGUAUGAUCUAUUAUGGCCUCUGACAGAGCUUGUACUCUUUAUACAGCAGGGGAUUACCACCUGAGGCAGCCAAGUUGAUGCCAGCCCCUUGCUCCCCCCAUCCUUAGCUUAGAGGGUGGCAAGGGGAAGGGGGCCAUGAUAACACUCUCUGCACUAGAAGAGCCUAAAUUCCCAUUUCUUUAAGUUACCAGGAGCGACUUUUUGCCACCCCUGGUAAACUUUGUUUUUUAAAAAAAAUUAUGUUACGUAAUUUAUGUUUGUAAGAACAGUGUUCAGUAUGUUUCUGAUCAUGCUGGUCUGGCUGUCUUAUAGGAGCCAUAUACCCUGCUUAAUAGUUCACUGAGUUCAGUGUGUUCAGUGUGUUUUUUUUUUUUGUUUUUUUUUUAAAUAAGAAAGAAUGUAUCUUGAGUUUGUAUUUCUUACACUAAACCGUGCAAAUGAAACAAAUGUAUGUUUGCAUUAAAGACCUGUUCAGUACGCUUUGAA